UUAACAUGUCUGUCAAGUAUCCGCUACUGGGCAGCAAACCUCUCGACCGGUGUCUAGAAGAGGCCGAGGUGUCGGGAAAUCUCAACCUCAGCGGCCGAAAUCUUCGAAAUCUCGCCUGCUGCGACGAGUACGACAUAUCGGACGUGACGGAAGCGGAUUUGUCUCGCAAUCGAUUCAUCGAGAUUCCGUCCGAGCUGUGCGCUUGUGCGUCGCUCGAAUCACUAGUGUGUCACCACAAUGUACUGAAAGCGAUUCCGGACGAAAUCGGACAACUCAAGCGUCUGACGCAUCUCGACUGCAGUCGCAAUCAGUUGUUCUCGAUACCGUCGUCGCUGUGCUCGCUUGAGCUUGAGACGCUCAUUUUGAAGAGCAAUCGGUUGACAGUUUUGCCACCGGAAGUGGGGAGUCUGAAGAGAUUGUUGGAACUGGAUGUUGGUAACAAUGAGCUUAGGCAUCUACCACAAACUAUUGGCGACAUGGAUCGCUUGAGAACAUUGAAACUUAGAAGAAAUUGUCUGGUUGACCUUCCUGAUAGUUUAUGGAAGUUAAAACUCACCCAUCUUGACUUGACUUCCAAUCAUCUCAAAGCUUUACCGUUGUCACUCACAAAGUUAUCAUCAUCUAUUCUUAUCCUAGGGGUAGACAGUAAUCCAUUGGAGUCUCCACCAUCUGAGGUUUGUUCACGUGGGUUGUUUCACAUUUUGAAGUAUCUCAUGCGGAAGAAUGAGGAGUUGACAAAACCUCAGCGAUCUAACAGUGCAAGGCGAUCGCGAACAGGCGAAUUUCGACAUUCUAAGAAACAUGAGAGUUCACAAGGAGGAACACUAUCAACAGUGGCGCAAGUGAGUGACCGUCUCGUUACUUAUCAUGACUACUUUUCUGUUAGUUUGACUGCCGAAAUUGCAAGUGUGGAGAAGAAAAUUGCCGAGAAACACGGUCUGGAGUGGUGGAAGUUGUCUGACGGUGCCACGCCUGAUAAUGAUGGGACCGAGGCUACAGUCGAGGUUCACAUUCCAGAGCCGACUGUGUCUCGGACGAUACGAUCUGCAGCCGUGACCGUGUCAUCGAGUGUGCCGGCACCUUCACAGCCUACUGCACCAGCUUCGUCUUCAGUGAGUACUACUGAGACAGCUGUAAUGCGGUCGCCUCCACGGACUAGGGCGUAUGCUACGCUGCCAAGUAUGAGAGUAGCUAACGGCGGCUCAAGAGUUACCUCAAAUGACAAGAAAAACGAUGUUGAUUCUCUAGCGGUUAUUCCCAGAAUGUCUCAAGUUCUAGACAGCAAAGCUACGCAUCGUUUGUCCGCAACACAGAUGGCAAGAUCAUUGCAUAGAAAAGCAACCGGGAAAUCCUCGCCGACGAAACGAGACUCUCCUACAAGCAAGGGAGACUCCACAACAGCGUUUGACUUCGACAAGCGUAAGAGCUUGCCUGUGACUACAACCAGCUCAGCAACAGAUGGACCAAUUGAGAGCGUUCCGAAGGAGAGAAGUACAAACGGCCAGGAUGGGAUGCGCAAGUCGAGAGUAAAGGGAAAAAUUCAGAAUAAGCCGAUAAAGAGAAGACCAACUGAAGCCGCAAAGGAAACGUCUCCUUCUGAUGCCGAGGAAAGGGAAAAGGCUAGAGAAAAUGAACAACGAGUGAUGGAGACUAGAAUAGCGUGGGAGAACAGAGAAAAGGUGAAUGCCACUUUGAAUCCCCCACCUUCUCUUGCUCAACGGCAUUCUGAGUCUACGAUUCCUGCUGGAACGAAGAGUUCUGGCAGUUUGAAGCAUAAGCCUUCAGAUCCUGGACCCUCGAGACCAAUGUAUCCAAGCUCUUCGCUUCCGAAGACUUCUAAGACCAAAGCUGCCAGCUUCAAGGCAUCAGCAGGGAAAUUUACAGUCAAACGAACCGAACAAAAAUUGUAUGACACCUUACAGAGAGUCGAGAACUUGAGAAGGACCAUUGAGAUGCGUUUGGAGACAAAGUUGCCUGAUGAUGCGAUGGAGGCGUUGGCUGAUGGAGUCACGCUGUGUAACUUGGUCAACCGUAUACAACCAAAGACAGUGACUACGAUAUACACGCCUCCAAAAGGCUCAAAACUUUCAAGAGGGAAAGCACAGAUGAACAUCAGCGCAUUUGUGGAUGGAUGCAGAAGGCUCGGCGUUCCAGUGAAAAUGCUUUGCUCGAUUGGUGAUGUUCUGCAGCAACGUGAUCCGUCUCGGUUGUGUCAAACUGUUGAGAGUCUAAUUGGUUUGGUAGACAAAGAGACGGAAAUUUGAUGAAUAUUGUUGAGAGCGUCCGAAUCGUACAGUACAGGACGAGCUCAUUACUCGUGUUUUAGGUUCACAAUGAUGAAGGCUGAGCCAUACCCUCUGCUGUUAUGAUUAAUCGUGUAAUGAUGUAAUACUUGUACAUAAAUCAGUUGUUAAGGCAUUUGUGAAAUAGAUGUAAUGUUGAAAGGAUGAAUGUCAGAUGGUUUUAUGGAUGAGA